UAGUAUAUAAAGCGAACGCGCAAAUUACUUAAUGUAUUCUACCACAAGAGUUGACAAACGCUCAGCAUUCCUCAAGAUGCAGAUCUAUGUGUUCGUCUUUUUGGUUGUGACUGCGGUCGCCAUCGCAUUCCCUAAUAAAGAUAAGGAUGCAUCGAUGCCUCUAGACUUACUGUCGCAGAAAGAAAUUGAAUCUUUAAAUUUGCAAAUGACACCUAUCAAAGAACAUCAUCGCAUGCGUAGAUUCACUUGUGAUUUUUUAUCUGGUUGGGGUGUUGAUCAUUCCGCUUGUGCUGCUCAUUGCUAUGCCAGAGGAAAAACGGGAGGAAGAUGCAAUAGUGACCGUGUUUGCGUGUGCCGCGCAAAAUCAUGGUUUGGCUAAAUCCGGUUAAAAAAUCAUUCUUUAAAAAAAAUCAGAAUAAGGUUUUAAUGGAUAUACAAAUAUGUAGCUUAUAAUUCAAAUAUUGAGAUUUUAAAUAAAUAUAUCAGAAAAAAAUUUGUCUAUAAUAAACAUACUUUAAAUAUCUAAAAAUAUAUAUACAGAUACACAUAUAUUACUUCUUACAUACAUAUUGUAUAUUGUAUAUGUAUACAUAUAUUGUAAACACACACACACACCCACACACACACACACACACACACACACACACACACACACACACACACACACACACACAUAUAUAUAUAUAUAUAUUUUAUUUAUAUAUAUAUAUAUAUUACUUAUAUAUGAUUAUAUUAUUUUAUAUUACAUUAAAUUAUUUAAUUGAGAUUAAAAAAA